CCGCUCCGGCCGGAAACAAUAGUGGAGGAUCCCGAACCGCUAGGGAAGCGCUGCGGCGGCCGGCGCGGGGCCGGACGGGGCACUAUGAACGAAGAGGAGCAGUUUGUAAACAUUGAUCUGGAUGAUGACAACAUUUGCAGUGUUUGUAAACUGGGAACAGAGGAAGAAACACUCUCCUUCUGCCACAUUUGUUUUGAGCUGAAUAUUGAGGGAGUACCAAAAUCUAAUCUUUUACACACCAAAUCAUUAAGGGGCCAUAAAGACUGCUUUGAAAAAUACCAUUUAAUUGCAAACCAGGAUUGUCCUCGAUCUAAGCUUUCAAAAAGUACUUAUGAAGAAGUUAAAACUAUUUUCAGUAAGAAGAUAAACCGGAUUGUUCAGUAUGCACAGAAUAAGGAUCUGGGUUCAGAUUCAGAGUGUUCUAAAACCCCCCAACAUCAUCUGUUCAAUUUCAGACAUAAGCCAGAUAAAAAGUUCCUCCCACAGUUUGACUCCCAAGUACCAAAGUAUUCUGCAAAAUGGAUAAAUGGAAGUACAGGUGGCAUCUCAAACUGUACUCAGCGGAUUUUGGAUCAGAGGGACCAUUCAGCCUUUGGGCUGGCUGUGUUACAAGGUGCAGGUGCUGCUAUCUGCCAUAACAAUGUAUUGUGGCCUCAUGGUCACAACCAGGCACAGAAGAAAGAAGAAACCAUCUCCAGUCCAGAGGCCAGUGUCCAGUCUCAGCAUCUACAUUACAGCAGAGAGGAAUUGAAUUUGAUGACCCUUGAUGAAGUGGAACAACUGACUGUAAAGCUCCAACAGCAAAUCCAAGAAGUUUUUGAAGAACUAACACAUCAAGUGCAAGAAAAAGACUCGUUGGCCUCAGAGCUCCACGUCCGCCACGUUGCCAUUGAACAGCUUCUCAAGAACUGUUCCAAAUUACCAUGUCUGCAGGUGGGACGAGCAGGAAUGAAGUCACACCUACCGAUAAACAACUGAGGACAGCAGCACACCUGACUUCCUUUUCUCCACCAGCGUUGGUCUGCCAGGCAUGCAAGCUUUGAAAAGUUUGAAGAAAGUAGGGCCCAUUUUUUUCUUGUGGUCAUUACAUUUGCAAAACACAGGCAUUACUUAACAUCAUUUUCCAAUAAAGCAGAUCACCAUUAUGUCUAGUCUUUUAGGGUUAAUCAUUUAACUUCAUUUUGAGAAUCUUUCCUAAAAUUGCUAAAUAUCCUUUCCCAUCUGUUACCACAUGUGACUACUUAAAUACACUGUUAGUGUGAUUUUACUACCCAUAUUUUAAUGUAAUUCACCUGCCAAAACAGUAAACUAAUUCUGAACUACUAAAGAUCAUUUUUAAGAAGGAAAUGGAUUUCAUAAUAUCACCUCUUAUUUAUUAUGAGCAAUAUUUUAAUAUAAAAAAUUUAUAUAUAAAAUGCUAUUUAGGUAUCCUCUUUAUAAAUAUGUAUUUGAAUAGCUGCAUAUUCAUACACAUGUGUGAAUAUGUUUGCUCUUAUUUUAGAUCACUCAUUUUAUUCUCCUUAAUAUAAUGUUUUUACAACUGUUUUCUUGCUUUCCAAAGAAAAAUGCAUUUUGGAGUAGAAUCCUGUCUAGUUGAAUUACUUCAGCUUCUAAUAAUUUGUGAAAGCAAAAUUAAUGUUUUUUAAAGCAGUUAUCAUGAAGAUUAAACUACACUGUUGUUUCCUAAGAAAAGCAGUUCUGAGUUAGUGCGGAAGAAAAUGCACAUCUAGUUCAUGUGUGUCCAUUUAUCUCUGUAGAAGUGGAAAUUUGUGCUUUUUGUCACUUUCCUUCUACUGACUUUGACCUUUUAGACUUUGGACAGUAACCAAGUCCCACUUCCAAAUCUUAUUUAGUACCUGUCUUCAUGUUGAAAGUGCUGCAGAAUUGUCCCAUUUUGAGAAACAUUAAAAUCUCUGUACCAUUUCAGGUGAAGAUUCAAGAAUCCAAAACUGUCUUAGAUUUUGUUAUCAGCACUGUUGAAAUUAUUAUUCAAAGAAAACAUUUUAAGAUUUUAAGGUAGUUUUCUAAAUUUCAGGAUCCAAAGGAGAUUGCUUUAAAAGCCCACAUUGAAAAAAUAUGAUGCCUAUGAUGUUUGCAAAGAGUUCUUAACAGAUCAUCAUAAGCAGCUAGUUAUAUUUUGAUAUAAGUAUAACCAAUGUAAAAAUUCAAAUGUGCUCUAAAUUCUGUUUUCAGCUGGUGCUUGGAACGUAGGUAGGAGGUAGAUCCUUGGCCUAAAAUAAUCCACAGAAAGGCCAUUAAACCUGGCAGCUUCACACAUAAAGACAGAAUGACUUCUGUCUUCAGUUUGGCAACCUACACUGGCUGCGGUCGGAUUUGGAUUGAACACAAAUAGUAUUUGACUAAGAAAUGCUUCCCAUCUAGUCAGAGGCUGUUUGUUGUAAGACCAAGAUACAUUAUGUUGAGCUGAGAAUAUUAACUGAUAUCCUACUGAUUUUAUUUUGUUUUUCCUGGGAUUAUGACUUAACUGUCAAGCCUUUUGGAAAGAACUUUGAAAAGAUGCUUUUCACUUCUCCAAAUUCUUUCAGUCACCCAAAAUGAAUUUAAAAUCUGAGGAGUAGAAUUGGAUUAAAUGUCUCAGUUUUGUUAAGCUUUAAAUGAGAUGUGUACAAUAUGGAAAUUUUCAAAUAAACAAGUUGAAUAAAGAUAUUUCCAGAGUGUACUAGUAAGUAUCUCAAUACUUACUUGUUAGGAUUAUAUUUUCAUAUUUGACUUGACUCUUUCUGACGUGAGUCAUGAAGAAUGUUACCAGCCAGUAUGCUUAAAUACCUUGGAUCUUCUGUUUAGAUGACUUAGAGACAGACAUAAAAGUUUGAGAUCUCUUGCAUUUGAUAUCAGUAGUAACACAUUUCCAGAAUAUGAGCCAUAUGGUAUAGGCCUAAAUUACAACAGUGUUAUCCAAAGACAGUGUUUGCUUAUCUUUCAAAGAGUUUUCUGGCAAAUAUAUAGCUUUUCUAAUGAGUUUGGAAGAAAUGAGUGGGAUUGUGCAUGUACUUAGGUCUUAACUAGUGACUGAUUUGUUCCAUAUAAGUAUUUCUACUUAUGCUUUUCAAAGGAAAGGUGCUCCUGAAAACUAUGUGUGGUGCUGGUACUCACACUAGUACUUAUUCAGAUGAAUUUCUAGGAAAAAAGAAAAAUUUCUUCAAGUGUUUUGCACAGCACUUUAUCCAAAUAUUUCAUAAACAUAUUCCUAUGUUAAUUUUCUUAAUUGAAUAUGCAAUUAUUCUUUAUGCAAAAUAAGGAUCAGGUAUAGAGUUGAGUUCCAACUUUGAGGAACAUGAUAUAUCACAAAUACUUCUUUCUAUACUUGGCUGUUUUUCCAUACAGCUGUUAGUACUUUCUGAGGCAAUUUAGAAGAGAAUCUCGUGUAUGAUUCAAACAUUUCUAAUAUUUUCAGAGUUUAUACAACUAAGAAAAUUUUUACUCAAUAUAUUUCAUAAUUAGAAAAAUGGAGUUUAAAAAGGAAUCAGAAGUGUUUUUGACCAUUAUGAAAGAUUAGUGUUUAAAUCUGCUCAGCCUUAUAAUUCCACUAAAAAUCAGUUAUGUUUACCUUGAGGUUAUCAUCUUAUCCUUUGAUUCUAAUGUUGUAUCUAAAUUCAUCUCAAAAAAGUGUGCACUGGGAAGCCAAGAAUGAUGAUUCAGGCAGCAGGAUAGGGUUUUGUUCUCUUUCGUUUCUUGUGUACAAAAUGUUGGAACAGAGAGAUACUCUUCAUUUUUCAAAAAUAUGUGUUAUUUUUACCAAGAAGUGCCCAUUUUUAUAAUACAUUUAAGGAUUAUUUUUUUAAAUGUCAAGUUUAUGUUGGAAAGUGAAUUCAGAAGUAUAUUUAAAAUAUAUUGUCAUCUUAAAUAUGCCUUGGCAUUUCUUAGGAUUUCAUUUUUCCAUUUCCUUUGCUACUGAAAAUGGUUUAAAAUGCUUUCACUUUUUUGUUGUCGUUCAUUUUUUUUAUCUAGGUGUUUACACUGUUGGGAUUUGCCAGUUAAUUUUUGCUAGUUUUUUAAAUAGCUUUUUGGAUCUGUUCUGUCUUGUUUACCAGUUUGGGUUUUAUUUUGGAAGAAAUUUGCUUUCAUUGUUACUGUUGCAAAAUGUAAUGCAAAAUAUAUAUGCUCUAUACUUAUGUAGGAAUUUUGAAUAAUAAAUUAUUUAUGUAGCUUUUUAGGUGGUUCAGGUUAGUGACCACAUGUUCAUGGAAACUUAAAUAGUAUAUAUAUUGCAAAGUUCUUUCGUGUUAUUUUUUCAGACUUAAUGUCAGUUCCAUUAACUGACAAUGUUAUUGCUUAUAAUGUAAAGUAAAAUAUUUGAGUAUUUUUAAGUACCUCAAAAGUUUAACAUGCUAAAAAUCUUUAAAUACCUGUGUUAAUAUGGAUGUAAAGCAAAGAUAAUUUCAUUUAAGCAUUUGAUUGCAUUUUCAACUUUAGGUUAAUGGCAGUUAAGUAUGUGAAGAAGAAUGAGAUGAAAACCAGUAAAAGAUAACAACUUCAACAAAUUUUUCUUGCCAAGUUUUAUGUAGAUGGGGUAGAAAAGAGUUUAUUUGCCAUGAUAACAAGGUGUCUGGUAAAAGCAAAGCUAGCAGGAAGGUUUAAAUGUUAUGUCUGCAAUCUCAGAGUUCUUCUUGGAGCUCACUAUUUUCAGCCUUUCACUGUUGCUGUUGUUACGCUAACUUUUCAGUGCAGGCUAAUCUAGUAAGCAACUUCAGCCUGUGAUUACCUUGAUAUGAACCAUGUGCUCACCGCCCCAUACCUUAUCAGGUGUUUAACACCUAGCUAGCAGUAGAGACUUCCAGCAGUAUUUUUUUUUAAGAGCCCACAUUAUUAACACAAUCUAGUCAUUCAAAAUUGAUUCACAACUUUAAUCUCAACAAGAUGAAACAGGAAAAAAGUCAGGGAGAUGACUAGUGCCCCUCCGCCAGAAGCUGGUUAUUUCCCUCAGCUGUACCUACAGCGCAGGGAGUGGUUGUUUCUUACUUCAUGUCUGCAUUCAUGGUUUUUCCCCUUCCUGUUAUCUCCAAAAGAGGCAAGUAAUAAUGUAUUCAGUGGUGAUUUCUGUUACAAAUGCCAUUCCAACUUUUGUCUUGUUUCUAUGUGAAUCUUACUUUAAAUCUGAGCAGUAUAUGCUGUGCUUAUUUAACUUAUUUUCUCUUUGAUAUCACAAAAUUAUUUCACAUUGUGCUAAGACAUUUGGAAAAACAAAGUAAAACUGCCAUGGUAAAAAAAAAAAAUAUUUUUUAAGUUUGUUUAGACAUUAUUUGGCUGUUUUUCUUGAAAAUUGCAAUAAUUUAUAUAUUUGUAUCUCUGCUUUGGAAGCAUAACUAUAUAUGCUUGUUUACUAUUUUUAAUUU